CUCCCAGCAGGCCCUGCGCGCUUCCCGCCGCCGCGUCGCUAUGGGAACGCCGUGAGCAGCAUGGCCUAUCGCCGCCAUGGCGGAGCCCAGCGCGGCGGAGCAGCGCUGGCUGCGGGAGGCGCGGGACUUCAUCCACAGAGCGCUCCCGGCCCGUCAGGGGCCUGGCGGGCCGGAGCCUCCCCUGCUGGACGCGGUGCUGCGGUGCCUGCGGAGCGCAGGUGGCGGGGAACUGCCGCUGGGUUACAGUUUCAUCUCCAUCUCUGACCUACAGCAUCAGCAGCGCAUACCAUGCUGCAGCCACCUGACCUGGAGCACUAAUGAAUUUAAAGAAUGGGCUCAUCAAGGACGAGAUGCUUUCCCCACACAGAGUGCUUUGCCAAGGACUUACCUGAUCCUGGUUGGCUAUUUAACAGAUAGAAGUCAAGAGAACAAAGAAGACCUGGUAGAUGGCUGCCUAUAUGUGAAAGACAAUACUGGGAUAAUUCCAUGUGAGCUCCUGCAUGUUGAACUUGAGUGGCUGGAGUCACUGUUCCUUUUCCCAAGCUGGUCAUAUAUACCACAGACGGACCAGAGCGCAGCAGGGUACUUGGAAAUCCUGGUGGAUCCAGUGCCAGUAAAUCUCCCAAAGGAAGUGCCUGACAGCAUUCCAGUUGCCCACCCGGCAUCACACGAGCCACUGCUUGCCUCCAGGGUUUUAUGUCAGAAAAGAUCCAAGGUCACUGUGGCAGGUGAAUUGACCAGACUCGGGCCUCUCCUUUGUAUUCACCACAAGACAUUCUUCUUUUUGUUUCUAAAGUGCUUCACCUCAGCUGUUUGGUUCCCUGUGCUGGUGCAGAAGCCCAACCAGCUGGUGUGGCACCAUAUCCUCCAGCUGGGUCACAGGUACACAAUAACAGACCUGACUAUGUCCAGCCUGAAGAAAUUGGGACGAAGAAUAUUUGUCACUGGUGUUUCUUCCUGCCUUCUGCCCUACUGUGCAGAGCAGGUGAGGGAGCAGCCGCUGGACAGUGCUUGGCAAGGAGAAUCCACUCAGUCUGCUUACCCUGAGACUGCUGAGCAGCUCAGUAACUCUUUGCAGCUGGGAGUUGAAGAGAGGCCAAGAUCAGCAAAAGAAUCCAAGAUCAUCUCAUAUGUGGGACAUGUCACUGAAAUACUGAACAUCCAAGCUGGUCUCUUUUUGCUGGAUAACAAGGUCUGCUUGUGCCUUGCUUACCAGCAGUUGUUGAACUCUGCACGUGGACUCCGACCAGGAGCAUGUGUGGAGCUCACCGAUGUCCACCUCCUGCAGAAGCCUCUGGUAUCCUUCCCUUUUGUUGCACUUUGUGCUUGCCUGAGCAGCACUGUUGUGCUGAAGAGUUUUUCGAGGCUCAGCACCCCUUACCAGCCACUAGCCUCUUCAGGAAAUCUCUACUUACAGCUGCUCUUCCACUACAAUCUUGGUAUGCCACUCUACCUUUGGAUGGUGAGCCUCCUGGAGGCAUUUGAGAAGAGGUUUUCUUGUUUCUUUAGGCAUCAUCGAUCGUUGCUUAGGUCUACGCGCCGAAACCCUACAGCUGCUGAGAAGUUCGUUGUCCCCCUUCUGCAAGCUAUGGUGCCAGACAGAGGGGAAGCAAGAGAUGUUUAUAGUGAAAUCCUAGGAAAAACACACCAGUGUCCGCUGCGGAAGUAUUUGACCCUGAACCCCCCAUGCCAGGCCCCAUCUCUGUCUGAAAUUCGCCAUAUGGCAGAACAGAAGAGCUGGGAAGGCUUCAGCCCGUCACAGGUGCUCUCCCCCUCGGAGGCACAGCACAUGGGCACCCAGGAGCUGAAUCGCAGACUGGCCUGGUCCUACUGCACACUCUCAGCAGGAAGUUUCCAGCCCCGACUGAUACUGCUGGGUGUGCUGAGAGUCUCCUCCAGGAGCAGUAACCUCCAGCUGCAGGACAGCAGCAGCUGGCUUUCCUGUGUGAUAUCCCAUAAGGAUGGUAGCCCCUUUGCCCAUACAGCUCUCAUAGGAUCGCUCUUGCAGGUGGAAAACUACCAGCUCAUAGUAGAGAGAUUCCUUCAGACUGAUUUUCCUUCCUCGGAGCACCUAGGAAAUCUGGAGCAUGUGAGGGAGAAAAAAAACAGUGUCUACGUGCAGUUCUACUUUGAGGAUGUUCAGGUUCUCCGUGCUGCUGAAGGACCAAUGCAGAAAGGCCUUAGGAGCAGAAACAGCUCCUCUCUGAGGAAGAGGGGUGAUGGCAGCUUAAUACCUGAGCUGGAAUCCCCGAAGGCAAAAAUGCUGAAGUUGGAGGAUCCCAAACCAGAUACUGACAGAGAUGAGAACUGUCAGGGGGAUCAGAGCAGCGCUAGAACCAGCUGUGUGUCUCAUCUGUUCUUGGUUACCCAGAAAGAGGGUCUUAUGUCACGCAAUUACCAACUACCCAGAGAAGAAGGUGGAGAGGAACAGGAGCUGCAGUGCAGUUUCCAAGCCACGGUGCUGUGGCUGGGCAGACCUCGGCUCUGGAGCCACCCCAGCGACAUCGGGAACUUACCAGAGCUGGAGGAGACUGGCUGUGAUGGAGAGGAGGGCGUGGCACGGCAAGAAGCACUACUGCUCUUUAUGGGGAAGUCUCUACGAUGGUUUCCAUUUCUGCACCUGGGUGGACUGUAUCGCUUCAUUGUGCCCUGCUGCUCGGACUUGGAAGUGUUUGACAAGCUCUGUUCUCCACCCGUGCCAUUAAAGUUCCUGAGCAAGUCAUCCUGCCCCCUGUGCCUGCCUGUCCAAGAUGCUUGGCAGUUACAGCACGAGACAUGGAUCUCCUGUCUGCCUGAGCACCAGCUGGCAGCCAGGUCGGUGCUGGCAGGCAUGGGCCAGAGAAUUUCCUCCAUUGCAGAAGUCCUUAGCAACAGUUUCACAGGUUCCCUUGUUUCUGUCUCCGGCGAGAUCGUGGAGAGGAGCCUGUGUGCCUCUCCCAAGAAUGAGAAGCCAUCUGUAACUGUUGGCCUUCAGAAGCAGAAAGGGAGUCUGCUCGCCAGUGACCACAGCGUGAAGCUUACCAUCUCAGUAGCUCCAGGCUGCCCUGUCGUCAUGGACAUUUACAUUGCUGCCACCUGUCUCAGGCAGCUCUGGGGUUUGCUACCUGGAGCCAAGAUCAUCUUCCAGAACGUGGAACGUAAAAUCUCAAGAUUCCAUAAUGUUUAUUGCACAUACAUUGCCUCCAGCUGUGUGAGUAUCGUAUCCCUGCCAGCUUCUCACCUGCCUUUUCCUUCCAGUCCUGCAGGAGAAGCCUCCCCCCCCUCACUAGUGUUCCUAUCCAGCUUGCAAUCUCACCUGCAAAACCUGCACCAGGCACGGAUUUUAUGCCACUUGUCCUGCGUACUGGCUCUGUCUCUGCAAUGGGUUUGCUCACUUUGCAGCAGCAUCUUCAAAGAGGGGAGGUGCACCCGACACAAUCCACUAUGUCCAUCACACACAGGCGUGAGGCAAGCCAGUGCACGGGUGCUGGUGGAGGACGGAACGGGUGAAGCUUUGGUGCUGUGCAAGAACCAGCACGUGGCAGCAAUGCUGGGCCUGAGCCUUCUCGAGUGGGAAAUGGUGCAGAACUGUGUGCAGAGCAGGGGCAGCGUGUCCGUCCAGCACGGGGAAGCUACUGGCACGGGGUGUGUAGAGGAACCUGGGGAUCUCAUUGGUUGCUACCUGAGGAGCCUGUGCAGGAGUCCUCUCAUCUGUCGCCCUAUCCUGCUGGAUUUCAGCCUGGACAGGAAGCCCUCCAAGAUUCUGCAACCUGCUCCACUCCAGCUGAGAAAUUUUCAGUGCGGUGAAGUGGAGUUUGUGUCACAAGUGGGGCCUUACGUGAGCCUGCUGUGCCUGAACGUGGAGGAGGUGGGACAAGACGCCUUCAGGUAUCUGAACCGCGAGAGGAUGAGGAGGACAUCCAGUCACUGCUGAGCGGGGCGAACAGCGAGCGGGUAAGGAAGACAUCUAGUCACUGCUGAGCGGGAGCCACUGCUUAACAUCUCUCCCAGUGAGAGAGGAAUUAUGGAAACACCUACUGGGAUUGGGAGCUUUUUUAAAUCUCCUUUCCGGUGGGAACACUGGCCUGUGAGCACAGGGUGAAGGCUGCAAUCAAGAAGCUGUGGCUUGUGGAACUCCUGAAUGGUUGGUCACUCUGGGGCAUUGCCACCAGCGGUACUGGACUGUGUUUUGGGAGAGAGAUGUGUGAUACUUUCUACACACCACCCGUUGCUUUGGGCCUAGGGCACACAAUGGGUGUAUUUUAUAUGGUAGUAACUACUAAAAAAAGCUAUUAAAUUACAGUUUAAAUAAACCUUGAUACUAAAAUA